AUGCCGCUAGAUCGGUCCGUGCUAUUGAGUUCGUCUCCUCCGAUGGCUACGUUCAUGCCGCUGGACGCGAGUAAGUUCGCGUGCAGCGACGAAAAGGGCCCAGUAUACGGAUGCAGACAGAGCAUUAACCGCUGCGAUUUCCCGGUGACGCAGUGUCAUAUUAUUCAGACGUCAUCGCCACUGUUGCAUGAGAGCACAUCGAGCGAGUCGAUGACAAUGUGCCCUUGCCCUCAGUCAGGGACGAAGGUCAGUUUUUCGAUGAACGAUCUGCGGGAAGAGUUGUCAAGUUUAGUCGACGAACGGAGAAGUUCGCAGAACGGUGCCAAGGCGCCAGCGCCGUCGUCCACCAAGUCGACGAAGAAGGUGUCGUUCGCCGACGAGUACGGCUACCAGCUGGUGACCGUGCGAGUGAUGACCGAACCUUCGGACGUUCCUCCGAGGAUCAAUUCGGCCAUCAUCCGGGCCUUGCUCGGCGAUAAGAUGGAGGAGGCAGAGGCUCGUCCGGCAAGCACGUGGAACAUCAACUUCACGCAGCCGGCGUCGGACUACCUGAACUUCCGGCGUAAGAUCGACGAACGCAGAGUAGCGUUGGAGAACGUUAUUGUAAAGAAUGAACAGUGCAAACUGACCGGCACGAUCAAGGUCAAGAACGAAUCGUUCGAGAAGGAGGUGUUCGUACGCUUCACGGACAACGACUGGAACUGCUACAACGACCGAGCAGCUAAAUACCUGCCCAGUGUGCAUGACGACUUGUUCGACACGUUUCAGUUUGAGUUCGAAAUACCGUUUGACGACGAGCACCACCAACGGCUCGAGUUUUGCGUCUGUUACCGGACGGCCGGACGCGAGUACUGGGACAACAACGACGGCGCCAACUUCGAGGUAGUCAGCGAGCGCCUACUGAAGAGUCGCAAGACCCGUACUCAACCGUCACUCAUGACCCGAAACCCCUUCGACAUGUGCCAGCACAGUUCUGACGCCUAUUCGCUGAACUUCACUAAUUGGACGCAGUUCGCCAGCUGGAGCCACCUCACCCAAGAAGGACCGUACUGGUGA